AUGUCUUUUCGCCAAGAGAUGUCCUUGUGGUGCUGGACCAACUUUCCUGGUCUGUGGGGUGAAACAGAAAAGCCACGGAGGUCUGGUUACGCGGGCGGACUCGGGAAAGAGAACGACCAAAAAGAAAGACCUGGUGUCCUGUCCUUCACUGUGGCCAUGACUGCUGAAACGGGCAAACAGAAGGCCAAUGAUGAGAAGGGGCAAGACGUGCGUCUCUCAAAUAUCUUGGCAGCCAAGGCCGUGAGCGACACUGUCAGGACCUCUCUAGGGCCAAAGGGCAUGGACAAGAUGAUCCAGGAGCCUAAAGGCGAGGUGCUGAUCUCCAAUGAUGGCGCCACCAUUUUGUCGAAGCUGAAAUUGCAGCACCCAACGGCCAAGAUGAUGGCCGAGUUGUCAAAAGCACAGGAUAUUGAGGCAGGGGAUGGCACCACCAGCGUGGUGGUCAUCGCUGGUGCCUUGCUGGGCGCAGCUGAACGACUGCUGAAGAAAGGCAUUCACCCGCAAACCAUCACAGAGGCCUUCCUGCAGGCAGCCCACAAGGCGGAAGAGGUCUUGGACGCCGUGGCGCAACCCGUGGAUCUGGCAGAUCGGGAACAUCUCUUGCAGGCAGCCAUUACCUCUUUGAACUCCAAGGUGGUGUCGCAGGAGUCUGAAACCUUGGCUCCCAUUGCAGUAGAUGCGGUGUUGAAGGUGACAGACCCCAAGACUGCUGCGAACGUCGACCUCAAUGACAUCAGGCUAGUGAAGAAGUUGGGAGCCACUACUGAUGACACUGAACUGGUAGAUGGCCUUGUGCUCACACAGAAAGUGUCUCGCGUUGCGGGUGGCCCAUCACGCAUCCAGGACGCCAAGAUUGGCCUCAUCCAGUUCUGUCUUUCAGCCCCGAAGACAGACAUGGAGAGCAACAUCCAGGUGCGCGACUAUGCACAGAUGGAUCGCCUCCUGCGUGAGGAACGCACUCUGCUGGCGAAAAUGGUCAAGCAGAUUGCGAAGACCGGUUGCAAUGUGCUUUUAGUGCAGAAAUCCAUCCUGCGAGAUGCGGUGACAGAUCUCUCCCUGGACUUUUGUGCGAAGGCCAAGAUCAUGGUCGUGAAGGACAUCGAGCGAGAAGAUAUCGAGUUCAUCUCGAAGAUUUUGGGUGUGGAGGCAGCCGCCACUUUGGACACCUUCACCACGGAGAAGUUGGCAAAGGCUGAUCUCGUGAUGGAAGAGAAGUUGGGAUCGGAGUUGGGCAGCAUAGUGCGCUUUACCGGCCUACAGAGCUCGAAGGGUGGAUGUGUCUCGGUGUUGGUUCGUGCGUCCAACCAAAUGUUGUUGGACGAGACGGAGAGGUCCAUCCAUGAUGCGCUCUGCGUGGUACGAAGUCUUGUGAAGAAGAAGGCUCUGAUCGCUGGUGGUGCUGCACCUGAAAUGGAGGUGGCACAAAAGUUGGAUGCCUGGGCAAGGACCAUUGGCGGCAUCACUCAGGUGUGCAUUGAGCACUACGCAGAAGCCUUGGAGCUGGUGCCGUAUACCCUGGCUGAGAAUGCGGGCAUGCAGCCUGUGGAGAUCGUAACACAGUUGAGGGCAGCGCAUGCCAAAGGCGAGAAGUCCGCAGGCAUCAACGUCAAGAAGGGCUGCAUCAGUGACAUGUUCCAAGAGAACGUGGUGCAGCCACUUUUGGUCUCCACCAGUGCGAUCAACAUGGCCACUGAAACUGUACGCAUGAUCCUCAAAAUUGAUGACAUCGUCCUGACUCGAUGACGCUGUCCCAAGGGGUUUGGGACUUGCAUAAGCCAGAGUCAGACUGGACGAGACCUGCGCAAGCCAGUGCGCGAAAA